CUGGCCUGGGGAAAAAGGGAGCUGACAGCUACCUCCCCCACAGACUCCCUUACAAACAGGGGAAUUAAAAAGGAACCCUGUGGGUUCGAGAAUAUACCAGAUAUUGCACAUUUCCUGCUGCAUGCCAUUUAUUUAUGGCAGCUUACUGUUUAAUUGUGAAACAUUUGGGGAAGUACAAUGCUGCUGGGAUUCAAACCCUGUGUGAAAUUAUUAAGACAGAUAAUUCUAUCAACCAGCUACAAUGUUAAACAGAGAAGGCAAUGGGAAGAUGCCUCACUACUGGGGAUUAAUCUGUCUACUGGUAGCAUUCAAGCCCAAUACUGCAGAGGUGCCUAUUCAAGAUCUUUCCUUGAUUGAUAUGGUGACACCUGUUACUCUUCCUGUGCCGAUGGAAAUCAACGGAACUGAGUUUGUCUGGGAGUGGACUCCACAUGAUGGCAGGUUUACGAAGGUCCCGCUCGUAACAGUAAAGCAUCCAAAAAGUUAUCCUGGAGCCCAAUAUUCAUGGACAAGGACUUCAAAACACAGUAUUUAUUACAGUAACUUUGACGAUGGGGAAAAUGGAACUUUGAUCAUCAAAUCUAAAUUUGAAAAUGCUGGCUAUUAUACUUUUAAACAAAUCCAACCAAACUCUACUGUUCUGGCGAUGUUUGAAGUCUUUGCUUUCAAAAGUGUUCCAUUUCGGUGGGAUUCCGUCACUCCUGGAGAUGAUGUUACUCGGGCCUGCACCAUCUCAAGACUCCCUGAAUCAAGCAGACUUCAGUGGAAACACAAGGGGAGCCUCAGUGCAGCCAUCAAGUGUCACUACAACAACACUGCCGUCAUUAUCAUUCAGAAUGUGAAUGAACUCAGCACAGGGAACUACAGCUGUGAAUUACUAAAAAAAGAAACAUAUCUGCAUGGCUUUUACAAUACGCUGACCCUUACAACAUCUACACUUACCAGCCAGUACACACUGUACCGGGAAAGUGCCAAUAGGAGUGAAGUCCAACUCAUCUACCGAUCCGCAAACAGAGGUAACACAGCUCUAUGGAUCCGGAGCUCAGAGGCUUCUUCCCAGCUCAUUCGCAUUGCUUCAGCUGUAAGAAGUGGACCUGUUGGCAUCCUUGUUGAAGGUGUCGGGCAGCGCAUCAGAUCCCUGGUGACAGUUUACGAUGGGUACCACUUUCCCCUGCACAUCUCGCCUGUAGUGUUUCAAGAUGCUGGAAUAUACACCUGUUAUACUGACACACAUGUCUCUGUGAGCAUAGCCCUAAUCACAGUUCAGGGUAAGGCUUCAUCAUGUUUCUCAAAGUUUAUACUUCCAAGUGAAGUUUCUGUUUCAUUUCUCUCCUUACAAGGUGGAGGCUGUUGUGUCAGUGUUGAUCUGAUUUAGAAGAGCACCCAUCUAGUUUAAUACCGUGGACAGA